CAGAAACGGGGAUUACCGAGAGAGAGACAAAACUACACAGAGUUAUCUAUUCUCGUACAAUACUGAAAUAUUUCCCUUUUCCACAAACACCCACUUUCUAUACCAACGCCUUUCUUGUGUACGAUUGAUAAAUACCAGAUACAAUGUUUUUAGAACUAUUAGAACAACUGUUUAUACCGCGGGAUGUUUUUAUAGGACUAACCAUUACUGCUGUUGUCGUCUAUAUUAUUCACCGCUUAUCGUCUACCAAACGCAUAAUCGAUACAUCGAGAACACCUAAAGAAAUACACGUCGUCAGAUCACCAUCAGAAUGGGAACAUCUUUAUCCAACUAUAAAUAGUCAUACCCACACAGUAAAGAUAUUAGGGUUAGAUUGUGAAUGGUUACCUUAUGCAGAAGGGGAAACUGAAAGUAGAGUUGCUUUACUUCAGCUGGCUACAUAUGACGGAUUAUGUGUGUUAGUUAGAUUGUGUCAGAUGUCAGCUGAUGAUUUACCACAAUCAUUACUAGAAAUAUUAUCUGAUAAGAGUAUUAUUAAAGUUGGUGUAGCUGUAAAAGAUGAUGGAGAUAAAUUAGAGAGACAUUAUAAUUUAAAAGUACGAGGUUGUGUUGAUCUACGUCAUGUAGUACCCAGAAUUCGUGGAUUUUAUGAAUGUAAAUCACGCGGACUGUAUGGCUUAUCCGAAGGAAUACUGGGUUACAAGAUGUCAAAGAUUCCUGAAGUUAGGUGUGGAAACUGGGAAGCUCCCGAAUUCACCCACGAUCAGAUACAUUAUGCAGCUAUGGAUGCUUUGGUUGGAAUAGAUAUUUACAUUAAACUGUUAUUAACUAAAAUAUUAAAUCAUAUACCUACAAGACAGGAACUGGAUACAGAGUUCUAUUUACAUGAAGACUACAAACAAACAGUCAUAUAUUUAUAUGACGGUGCUGUAGAUAAGGCUUAUAAAUUUAGAGGAACAGUCCUAAUUAAGCCAGGGCACCGACAAAUCAAUCAAACAUAUACACACAUUAAACAUAAAGAUAGGACAUUAGAAGAGUCCAAUCCACAAGGUUUCAAUCAAUUGUCUACAAAACCAAAUACACCAGAUGUUGAUGUGCAACCUGCCUCUUGUUAUAUGUGUGGAUUACCAGAACCUGUAAGAGUACUGAGAUCUUCCGUUGAGUUUAUUUCUAGAACACAUAAUGGGAUAACUUGUAAAAUAUGUUCACGUUGUGAUAAGAAUGAGUUAAACAACGACGAGAAAUUUUUUAAUACAAACCUGGAUUUCACGUUGUCAAAUGAUAUGAACUAACACAUUUGGUAAAAAGCAUUGGGGUGAUGAGAGGAAGUGAUGUGAAGUGUAAUGGGUUUUAACGCCCUACUGUUCUGCUCCGAGGGAGAUUUUGCCCUUCCAACUGUCAAGGGAUCUUUUACGUGCACACGGGACUUCAGUUUUUUUAUACUAUCCGAACCACUAGACAGCUGUCCUUGUCAGGCCCUCCAUCCUGCCCACUGACAAGGAGAAACCACGCUGGAAAAUCCCGAUCCAACACCGGGAGCGAACCUGCGACCUCCAGGCUAGCGAGCUAGCGUCUUAGUCACAUGGCCACUGUUGCUCCAGGUCAUGAAAGGACGGACCCUACCGAUAUCCAUCAUUCCAGCGUUCUGCGAAUUUCCGUUCCGGAGUUAUCUCCCCUUUGCCGAAAACCCUGGAAAAGCGACAUAGGCUAGUUUUAGACAGCAGUGAUGCUGUCCCCCUGAUUGAGCAUUGCUCCUAACCCUGUGGGCGUCAGUAUAGAUGACGAUUUUUUCGUUGAAGUCGAAAUAACGUAAUGAAAUAUAUUUGCGGAAAGAUCAUAAAAGUUCUUGUGAACACACUAUUUUUGUUUCCAAAUAAACUGCUAUCAUCUCCAAUGCCCUAGAAGCAGCAGUUGAGAUAUCUCUCAUAGGUAGUAUUUUGGAAUACUAUCAUGUAGAUCUUUCGGAUUUCCUUGAAAGCGUGCAUGUGCGUUUGUAAUGUUACAAAGAAUGAUUAUUCGAAAAAAUUGGAUUUUUCAUCACUAUAUUUCAAAACCCCAGUUUAAGCAUUGGCAUGGAAAUAUAGUCCACCUAAUGUUUUUUGAUGGAUUAUAUAUCUUCAAUAUUAUGUGUAGAUUUAGAAUCCGGAUGAUGCCACUCUGGCAUCAUUGGGGAUAUUUAAAUAUUCAAUAUGGUCGACAAGAGGCAUUUCCGGGUUAUUUUGUUGAGAAAUAUGCGUGACAAAUUCUCUCGGACCUCGAUUUGAAAGUGGUUUCUAUAAGAAUUCGACCCGCCAAACCCAAUAAGCAGGGUAUCCCUCCCAAAGGGGCGGCUAAUUCCGCUAGGAGGGACAAAUUCGAAAUGAGGGUUUAUUUUGGCGGAAAAUCACAGCGGAAUUAGCGUUAAUAAGAACAAGUAACUCAAGAGCAUCCGAUCUACCCCUUGUAUACUUAUACGAACACAAAUUCCUCACGGCCUUACUGCCUAACACAAUCAACCAUCGGGUGAUAUUUAGUUGAAGGCAAUUCUUAUAGAAACUACCUUCAAACUGAGCCCGAGAGAAUUUGUCACACAUUUUGCCCACAUGCCGCAUGUCUGCCAUCUUGAAUAUUUAAAUUUCCCCAAUGUUGCCAGCGUGGCAUCAUCCUGAUCCUGAAUCUUCACUAUAUUGAAGAUAUAUAAUCCAUCAAGAAACACAAGGUGGACUAUAUUUCCAGGUUUGUCGACAUGCUGCCGAACAACAAGUGAACAUCAACUCUCUAAGCUUAAGUGUUAAGAAGUGGAAAACAAUGAAGAUCUACUUUAGUCACUAAACACUAGGAAAGUGCAUAUAAACCCGAGUCAACAUCAAACUUUAAUAAAUUAGCAGCAACCUUCCAAAUAUUGACCUCGACAAACUUAACUUAUGUCUUAUAAAUGUUAUACCUGUAUCUUAUACAAAUGUAGAUUGAAAAACAAUCCUACCUACAGUGUUUUGUAAUAGCUGUAACUCAUUAAUAAAUGUAUGAUUGAUACCCCAGAGAA